AUGACCCACGGUCCGGGCUCCACGCAGAUCCGUGGAGGGUGGGCCGAUCAGUGGGUGGUAGUGGGGAAACUGGGCUUCGGUGGGGAGAUAAGCCAGGCCCGACUUCCCCCUGAACAGGACACAGGCCAGCAACUCCAGCUGGGGUGGAAGAGUUCCGCCCACAGAGGCAUCUCCACUGAUCUGAAGAGCCUCCUCCCCGUCUUCUCCUACCGGGAGCCGAGGUGGCCCCCUGCCCCCACCACGGCCACGGCCACCCUGUCCGCCUGUUCCAGCGCCCUGAGCUACGGGCGGCUCUGCCUGCCCGGUCCCCGCACCGGCCCCUGCUGGCAGGUGGACGACUGCCCAGAGAGCUGCUGCGAGCCCCCUGCCGCGACCCCAGCUGCUGCGCCCCGGCCCCUGCCUGACCCUCGUCUGCGCCCAGUGAGCUGCAUGUCCAGCCCCUGCCACCAACCAGCCUGCAGCACCUGCCCGGCCUCGUGCUGCCCGCAGUCCAGCUGCCAGCCCUCCUGCCGCACCUGCUCCCCCGCCAAGCCUGUCUGCUGCGAGCCUGUCUGCUGCGAGCCUGUCUGCUGCGAGCCUGUCUGCUGCACGCCUGUCUGCUGCGAACCUGUCUGCUGCGAGCCUGUCUGCUGCGAACCUGUCUGCUGCGAGCCUGUCUGCUGCGAGCCUGUCUGCUGCACGCCUGUCUGCUGCGAACCUGUCUGCUGCACGCCUGUCUGCUGCGAACCUGUCUGCUGCGAGCCUGUCUGCUGCACGCCUGUCUGCUGCGAGCCUGUCUGCUGCACGCCUGUCUGCUGCGAGCCUGUCUGCUGCACGCCUGUCUGCUGCGAACCUGUCUGCUGCAAGCCUGUCUGCUGCGAGCCUGUCUGCUGCACGCCUGUCUGCUGCGAACCUGUCUGCUGCGAGCCUGUCUGCUGCACGCCUGUCUGCUGCGAGCCUGUCUGCUGCGAGCCUGUCUGCUGCACACCUGUGUGCUGCGAGCCCAUGCGCUGUGAAGCCACCCCCUGCUCAGCCCCCUCGUGCCGCCAGCCCAGCCCCUGCCCCCCGUCCUGCCGCAGACCCUCCUCCUCCGUGUCCCUCCUCUGCCGCCCCGCCUGCUCCCGCCCGGCCUCCGGCGUCCCCGCCUCGGGGACAUCCCGCAGCUGCCCGGCACGGCCCCCCGGGGGCAGCCAGGUGCUACGGGCCACCCCCACCUCUGCCAUUGCCAGCCACCGGCCACCGGCAGGAUUUAACCCAGCAUGA